AAGACUGAUGUCCCUUCCUUUGCAUCCGACACUCCAUCAUGACUGAACCCAACUCCACCACUAUACCUCCGCAAACUCAUGAAAUGACCACCAAUCCUAUCAACAAGACUGGAGAGCAGCGCCAACACCAACAAUCCAAACAUCCCGAUGCCGAAAUCACCACUACUUCCUGGGACAACUCCGACACCGAAUCCGAGUUAUCCAAGAAUCCAAAGAGUACUUCUUGGUGUGUGAUUUUUGCCAGCGCGCUCGCAAACUUUUCGGAUGGUUAUCAGAAUAAUUUGUCUUCAAAUACCAAUGUAGUAUUCAAACACACGUUGGGUAAAUCCUACACUUCUGCAAUUCAAACGCGUAUUUCAAAUGCACUGCUCGUGGGAGCGGUGAUAGGGAUUGUAGGGUUGGGAUAUAUCUGCGACAUCUGGUCAAGGAGGGGAGGACUGUGGGUGACUAGUUCAUUGGUGGUGAUUGGGAGUUUGCUGGCGACUCUGGUGUUUCAGGUUCAAGGGCAAGGGGUGCAUGAUAUGAUGUGGUAUAUGACCAUCGCAAGGGGAAUCACUGGUGUGGGUGUGGGAGGUGAGUAUCCACCUUCCGCUGCUGCCGCGUUGGAGGGGAGUAAUGAGCAUUACGAUCACCUACGCGGCCCCAUCCAAGUCCUCGUCUCCACCCUCAUGGCAACCUCCGCAGCUCCCAUCUGCACGGCAAUCUACCUAAUCACCCUCUGCGCCACGUCCGACAAUCUCAAAACAGCUUUCCACGCCAUUUACGCCAUUUCAAUCUUCCUCCCUCUGUUCGUGGCUCUCCUCCGCUUCAACAUGCGCGACGGCAUCCUCUUCCGCCGCAACAAUUUCCGCAACCAAUUCACCCCUCCUUAUUUACUCGUGUUGAAACGCUAUGGCUGGCGCUUGCUAGGAACCAGUUCUGCAUUUUUCGUUUACGACUUCAUCAAUUUCCCGAAUUCCAUCAUGAGUUCGGCGAUUAUCAAUGAAGUCGUUCCGGGCAAGGAUGUACGACAAACGGCGAUAUGGCAAUUCAUCCUCGCUUUACUAGCUGUUCCUGGCCCCAUACUUGGCUCAUACCUCUGCAACAAGAUUGGCAGAAAGUGGACAGGAAUUGCAGGAUGGAUUGGCUACAUCAUCCUCGGCUUUGUCAUCGGAGCAUGCUAUAAUACCUUGACCUCCCACAUCGCCGCUUUUGUGGUGCUCUACGGGUUGAUGCAAUCACUCGGCCACAUGGGCCCAGGCGCAACCAUAGGUUUGAUGUCUGUAGAACUCUACCCCACCGCCAUCAGAGGAAUGAGUUAUGGCAUCAGUGCGGCGUUCGGAAAAGCGGGAGCGGCGAUAGGGACGCAGGUUUUCACGCCUAUCCGCGAUGCCGCCGGUCCUGCUAGUACCUUUUACUUGCUGGGUGGGUUGAGUGUGCUCGGAGCAGGGAUUUACUGGUUGCUUCCGGAGGGAAGGGAUAUUGAUUUGGGGGUUGAAGAUGAGAGUUUUGGAAUUUAUUUGAAGGGGGAAGGGUGGGAGGGGAAGAUGUAGAUGUGUGAGCAGGGAAGUGGAAAUCAUGAUAUCGCGUUUUUCCAACUCUCUUGUUCUGGUGUUCAAGGUCUGAAUCUGUUGUUGCAUCAAAUGGGAUCUGUCUUUGGUCUUUUGAUCAGCUAAAUAUUAUUAGCGUAUGAGCGUCCUAAGAGAUCGAGCAUCUGAGAAGACUUCAAGCGAAUACAAGGCGGAAGGACGUUUUAUCUCGUUGUCCUGGUUUGCCAAACAACACAUCAACACAGUAGAGGU